CUUCAAGUGCUCGCAACCUCCAUCAGUGAUUAGCGUUAUGAUCUUCGAUGUCUAAUCUCGGGCAAUCUGCUUGCGUUAAAUUAGUCGAUCAAACUUCAAAACCUAUGUUUGAAAAAAUAUUCAAUUGUUCCAACUCAUGUGCAACACAUUCUGUCAAAAGAAUUCUAUCUGCAGCAGAGAAACGUAGUCGAUACUUCCGUCGACUUUUUCAUGUUAGACACAUGGAUUUCGAAUAUGCUCUAUGGCAGAUGUGGCAACUCUUUGUUGGACCGCAACGUGUGUUCAGGAAUUUCAAUUACCGCAAAUGUUCACGACAGCAAUGGGCAAGAGAUGAUCCAGCAUUUUUAGUCCUGAUGAUGGUUUUCUUGAUCUUUACUUCGUUGGGGUUUGCCUUUUGUAUGUCGUUAAAUGCAACUCAGUCAGUUGAGUUCGUCCUAUGGGUCGUAUUCGUCGACUUUAUUGCAAUUAGUCUUCUCCAGGCAACAUUCUUUUGGAUAAUUACAAAUCAUUUCUUCGUUGAUUCAUCCAAAAAUCGUUCACAACUCAAUACAUUGGGACCUUUUAUUGAAACCAAUCCGGAAGUUGAAUGGGGAUACGCCUUUGAUGUUCAUUUAAAUGGAUUUUUUCCGGCAUUGUGCAUUUUGCACUUGUUACAGUUACCUUUUCUGUACAUUAUUCUCCAAAACUGGUUCAUUGGGAGGUUACUGGGUAAUACUUUUUGGUUGACGAGUUUCACUUACUACACCUACAUCACAUUCUUAGGUUACCGUACUUUACCGUUUCUCAAGCGCACAACAGUUCUGUUGUGGCCAGUAACAGCUGCUAUCGUAAUUUACGUGAUAUCGCUUAUCAUGAAAUGGAAUUUCACACUUUUCUUAUGUCAUUUCUACCAGUUCCGUUUAUUUUAGUGAAUGAUUGCAAAUUUGUUAACUGUGAUACGAAUUAAAGAGAAAUACUAUGUUCUCUGAUUGUAAAUAUUUUUAAGAAGUGAUGAGCUGUAAUUCCACUUGUUCGAAUACUGGAUACAUGAUUAUGUAUAGUUCAUAGUUGUUUGCUGUUAAUAUUUAUUCAUGCAUAUCUGGACUGGAUACUUUUGUAUAAUUUAUUUUAUUUUAACAUUGCAAAGAUACUGAAUUAAUAAAUAUUUAUUAAUAAUCA